UAUUAUUUUUCUUCCUUUUUCUUCUUUUUUAUUUUAUGAAAAAUAUCAAUACUAUGUAAUUUAAUAUUUAGGACUUCUUUCAAACAAUAUUCUUCAAUGUUAUUCGUGAAGAAAUAUUUAAAGCUCAGAUUUUUUAAAAAUCUAUUCAAGUUGUGAUAUACUUGGAUAAUUUGCAAAAUCAAAUCGAAUUUAUCAUUUUCUUAAAUAAUGCACAAUCGAAGAUUUUUUUGUCGAAGACAAUGCCCUAGGUCAGAAGGACAACUGGAACGCCGUGAGAGGGUGGGAGUGCGGAGAAGUAUUAAAUCAUAGCGAGGCCACUUCCGAAGUCAGUUCUACGUUGAACGUCCAGACAAGAAAUUCUUCCUUGAAUUCUUCAAAUAUUUCAUUAAAGUAAGCAGUAAUAAGCUUGUGAUUGUGUUUCUGAAGUGAAUCUUCUUGUGCAUUAAAAAAAGUUAGAAGAAAAUUUUAUUAUCAUUAACAAUAUUGGUUAUGAAGUUAACAGCGUGGAAUUUUGUGUUGUGCAUCCUGGUAACUGUUUUCUUUUUGGCGGUUACCACAUCUGCAUAUCCUGCUAGCAAUCCAGAAAUAAUGUAUAACUUGCAGGCGAUCGAAAAUAUGCGACAGAUUCCGCAAUGGCAUUGUUUGCGCUACAGAAAAUUUGAUCUCGUACGCCGCUGUCGGAAUUACCGUUUAGGAAGAAAACAUUGACAAAUACAAAAUCAUCGCAAUUCAAGAUGGAUGAAUACAAAUAAGUCAUUAUAUUUUAAGUUUCAUCGUCCAACUAUUUUAAAUAUUCUAUUGCAUAUGUUUAAACUUAUAUAACAAUGAA